UAAUUCAGUCGCACGAUCACACACAGAGGAAACAUAGAAAGAGAGCGCCAGGGGAGGUCUGACAACACUCCAGACUACAUCUUCAUGGACGUUGUCUUGCUUUCUUCAUAACUGCACAGCUGCAUUUCACAUGCACUUCUAGCAACAGUUUCUUAAGGCUUCAGUUUUUCCCCAGAAGACCAACUUGAUAUAAAGUGUCUUGUUAGCCGGUGACAGGAUCAGUAAUGACCUCCAGGCAACGGUCCAGUCCGGACGUGAUCACCACGUGCCCCAGGCCAUCUGUACAUCUCUGCUCGUACUGAUUCCACCUGACUUUGGACUGAAGGAACCGAGGGCACCCUCAAACGAACUUUGAUAUUUAUGACCUCACCCUCCCCUCCAGCUCCUGCCAUGUGGUGGGGUUGGUUCAUGUGCCGCUGCUUGUCCCUGGCAGCGCUGCUGGUGGUAGCAGACUGCGGAGGGGCUGAGCAAAGAAGAGGAGCAGAAGAAGGACUCAGAAGCUCCACGGCGAAAGCUAACAGCAGCAGCGGUCGGAAAUAUCACCGGAUCCAAAAUGGACAGUGUAGCUACACUUUUAUCCUUCCGGAGGCUGAUGGAGGCGCUUGUCGAGACUUUAAAGCGGGCACGCCGUACAAUGCCAAUGCACUUCAGCGGGACGCACCUCAACCUGAAGCAGACUUCUCCAACCAAAAGAUCCAGCAGCUGGAGAACGUCAUGGAGAACUAUACGCAGUGGUUACAAAAGAUUGAGAACUACAUCAAAGACAAUAUGAAGACAGAAAUAGUGCAGUUACAACAGAGUGCCGUUCAUAACCACACGGCGGCCAUGUUAGAGAUGGGCACCAGUCUUCUCUCCCAAACAGCUGAGCAGACGCGCAAGCUAACCGAUGUCGAGACACAGGUUUUGAAUCAGACAUCAAGGUUGGAAAUUCAGCUGCUGGAGAAUUCACUAUCCACCAACAAGCUGGAGAAACAACUUAUGAUACAGAUAAAUGAAAUCAACAAGAUCCAUGACAAGAAUGGUUUUCUGGAGGAAAAAAUGCAGGAGAUGGAGGAUAGGCACAGAGAAGAGUUGGAGGCCCUGCGGGAGGAGAAGAGCAGUCUACAGGCGCUGGUGAGCAGGCAGAGCUCAGUGAUCCGGGAGCUGGAGGCUCAGCUGAGUCGAGCGACCGGUAACAGCACCGCCCUGCAGAGACAACAGCAGGACCUGAUGGAUACCGUACGCAACCUGCUCAGCCUCUGCACCAAGGAUGGAGGCACAGCAUUGGUGCCAAACAGCACAAAGCAAGCUGACGAGGAGAGGAAGUUCCGGGACUGUGCCGACCUCUACCAAGCGAGAUUCCAGAAAAAUGGAGUUUACACCAUCAACAUUAGCCCACAAGAGACUAAAAAGGUGUACUGUAACAUGGAGUCUGCGGGCGGAGGCUGGACUGUAAUCCAAAGACGUGAAGAUGGUAGCGUGGACUUCCAGAGAACAUGGAAAGAAUAUAAAAUGGGCUUUGGGAGCGUGUUGGCCGAACACUGGCUGGGAAAUGAGUUUGUGCACAUUCUGACCAAUCAGAAGCAGUAUGCCCUCCGUGUGGAGCUGACCGACUGGGACGGACACCAGGCCUUCUCUCAGUAUGACAGUUUCCACAUCGACAGUGAAAAACACAAUUACAGGUUGUUCCUGAAGAGCCACAGCGGGACAGCGGGCAGACAAAGCAGUCUGGCGAUCCACGGCGCUGACUUCAGCACUAAAGACAUGGACAAUGACAACUGCACGUGCAAGUGUGCACUGAUGCUCAGCGGGGGAUGGUGGUAUGAUGCCUGUGGCCCAUCCAACCUGAACGGGGUGUACUACAGACAAGGACAACAUGUCGGGAAAUUCAAUGGAAUCAAGUGGCACUAUUUCAAAGGCCCCAGCUACUCUCUCCGAUCCACUGUCAUGAUGAUUCGACCGGCCGACUUCUCAUAGUCCUCCUCAAAUAGCCCAAAACAUUUUGGUAAAGUGUUACUUUUUGGCCCAUGACUUUAUCAAGUAACACUGUAUAAGUGGUUAGCUGCUUGCCAUGUGGAUAAUGCAGCAUUCUUUUGAGAUAACAGCUCUCCAGGAAACAGGAAUCCUGUGAAUAGAAGGCUGUCCUAUCACCUUUGUGGGACUACAUGGGAGAUGGCAUGCUCUUUGGGAAUUUAGGGCAGGAGCUGACUUGGCUGGGCUUUUAUUUUUAAAUAUCAGAGGUAUGAAUUCAAGUGCCAUUCACUUGUCACUCAGGACCUGUGGACUGCUGAGGCAGGCACAUCACCUUUGAUGGUAGUGUAUUGGGUUGCAUCGUCUAGCAAUUGCCCCGUGCUCAUCUGGCUUUCAAGUCUCCAAGUGAAUUUAAAGCAGCUUGAAUGUCCUUCAAUAUCCUAAAAGGACCUAUUAAUGUUUAAUACAAACGUGUUGCACAAUUAAAUUUGGGUUGUGAUACUUUACUUCACAUUUUUAUGCUUUUUUACCCCAAUAUAUUAUUAUUAUUAUUAUAUAUUUUUUUUUUUUAUUGUGUACAUUAUUCCUGUCAAAGUGAAGAAAACCAUAGCAUGCAGCAUUAAUGGUGACUUACAGUGCUAUUUACAAGGGACAUUUUCGGCAAAGAAUAGCACAUCCAUCCUCCAGCCUGAUUGUAUUGAUUGUGCAAACUGCAUAUUAUUAUUGGCUUUGAACUUUGGUGACCUUUUAAACACAUCAUAACUUGGCAUACAAUUUUGAAAUGCAUGCCAAAGAUCACAGCUAUUAAAGAUAAUACCAUAAAAAUAUUGAUCUAAUAUUAAUCAUCGUUACAUCUGAUGGAGUAAAGCCAAUGGCACAUACGGUACUGGUGCAGUAUAAUACAUAUAAUAAUGUUUUAAUUGAUUCAAACCAUGUUGUCUUAUGAGGAUUUGUCAUAUUGGGAUUGUUUUGCAGUCGUAUUUUGCAGCUCUUGUCUAAAGCAGUGUUGCUCUUACCGACAAGCUUGGAUGAACUUAUUGUAAAUUUAUCCUUAAACCUAAGACUAUAGGUUUGCAAAAGUGUUUAAUAAUUCUGAACGA